AUGAAGGUCGCCAGAGCUUCGCUUCUUGCCAUAUUGGCGCACUCGGUCACCGCCCGCUUUGUUGCCGAGGAUGAAAUCAACCGCGUCCAGCUGUACCCUGCCGGCUCUGAGCCCGAGAAGUACUUGAUUGAGCUUGCCCCAGGCGACACUCGCUGGGUGACUGAAGAGGAGAAGUGGGAGCUCCGCCGAAAUGGCAACCGCUUCUUCGACAUCACCGACCACAAGGACCUUGGCGCCACUCGCCUCCGUACCAAGACUAAGAGCGUCUUUCCCGAGAAGUGUCAUCUCCAAGACAAGGUCAAGCCUCUGAUCAAGGAUCUUGACAAGACCGAAAUUGAAAAGAACCUCGAAAAGUUCACGAGCUUCCACACUCGCUACUUCAAGUCCGACUAUGGCCGCCAGUCGUCCGAGUGGCUCCUCUCCAAGAUCAACUCCAUCAUCAAGGAUGCCGGCGCCGAUAAGCACGUGUACGCUGAGCACUUCCCCCAUACCUGGCAGCAAAGCUCCAUCAUUGUUACCAUCCCCGGCAAGUCCAACAGCACCGUCAUCAUCGGCGCCCAUCAGGACUCUAUCAACCUGUGGCUGCCCUCCAUCCUCGCCGCUCCCGGUGCCGACGAUGAUGGCAGCGGCUCCAUGACUAUUCUCGAAGCCUUCCGUACCCUGCUGAAGUCCAAGGAUGUCGUUUCCGGCAAGGCCGACAACACGAUUGAGUUUCACUGGUACAGUGCCGAGGAGGGCGGCCUGCUUGGUAGCCAGGCCAUCUUCUCGUCCUACGAGCAGGAGGGCCGUGAUGUCAAAGCCAUGCUCCAGCAGGACAUGACUGGUUUUGUGCAAAGGACGCUUGAUGCCGGCCAGCCCGAGAGCGUCGGUGUCAUCACGGACUUUGUUGACCCUGGUUUGACCGGCUUCAUCAAGAAGUACUGCAAGGUCCCUUACAUUGAGACCAAGUGCGGAUAUGCCUGCUCCGAUCACGCCUCUGCCAGCAAGGCCGGCUACCCCUCCGCUUUCGUUAUCGAGUCCGCCUUCGAGUACUCGGACAACCACAUCCAUAGUGUCGAUGACACCAUCAAGUACCUUUCGUUUGACCACAUGCUCGAGCACGCCAAGAUGACCCUUGGCCUAGUGUAUGAACUCGGCUUCACCGACUUUGCGGCUCUGGAGAAGAAGGGCGAGACUGUUUCCGAGGAAUUGUAG